AUGGCGCCCCCCACCGCAACCGAGACCGCUCCGCCCAUCACUCUCGAAGCCCGCCAAUCUACCCAGGAAGCCGGCGCCGAGAAAGCCAAGGUGAAGAUGAGCAUUCCCCGACCACCCGUAUUCGACGACAAGAUGAAAGAGCGUGAAUACCUGAAGGGCCGACUCGCAGCGGCCUUCCGCAUCUUUGGCAAAUAUGGAUACGAUGAGGGCGUGGCCGGUCACAUCACCCUUCGCGACCCCGUCGACCCAAGCACAUUCUGGGUCAAUCCCUUCGGCGUCGCCUUCUCUCAGAUCAAAGCCUCAGACCUGAUCCUGGUCAACCACGCCGGAGAGGUCAUCGACGGCGGUCCAUGUCGACUGCUCAACGCCGCCGCCUUCGUGAUCCACUCGGCCAUCCACGCUGCUCGCCCGGACGUCAACUGCGCAGCCCACAGCCACAGUCUGCACGGUCGCGCAUUCUGCAGUCUCGGUCGGCCGUUGGAUAUCAUCACCCAGGAUGCCUGUGCCUUUUACAAUGAUCACGUCGUCUACAAGCAGUUUAACGGCAUCGUCCUCGCCGAGGAUGAAGGAAAGAAUAUCGCCGCGGCACUCGGCGACAAGAAGGCGGCUCUAUUGCAGAAUCACGGUCUCUUGACGGUCGGCAACACGAUCGAGGAGACCGUUUUCUGGUUCGUCAGCUUGGAAAAGUGUUGCUAUGCACAGUUGUUGGCGGACGCAGCGGCGGCGGGCCGAGGCGGACAGACGAUCAAGGUGGACGAUGCCGAUGCGGCCUUCACGUACAAAUCUGUGGGAACGCGGUUGGCGGGUUAUUUCAGCGCGAAACCGAUGUUUGAUGUGAUCCAUGAAGAGACGAAGGGAGCUUAUUUGAAUUAG